AUGGCAGCGGCCGCCGCCGACUCCGAUCCCGCCGCAGCUGUGGCCGCCAUGUCCACCUGCGCCCACUGUCAGCGAGAGAUCCCAUCUUCGAACAUCGACUUGCAUUCUGUACAUUGCGCCCGUAACCUCCAAAAGUGCCAGCACUGUGGCGAAAUGAUUCCUAGGAAACUUAUGGAUGAACAUUAUGAUGAAAACCAUGCCCCGAUCAAUUGCUCCCUUUGCAAAGAAACAAUAGAACGUGAGAGUUGGGAUCUUCAUAAAGGUGAAAAGUGCCCACAAAGAAUUGUCGCUUGUGAAUAUUGCGAGUUUGAAUUGCCUGCAGUUGAUCUCCAUGAACAUCAGAAGCUGGUGUGGGGCUGCUGUAUCCUCAACAGGCCAAGACUGGCUGCGACGAUGAGCCCAUGGCAAAUUGGCAAUGGCAUGAGGGCUGCAGCAUGUGAUGCUUACGUUAGUGCUAUAUAUGACUGUCAAGGAUUGCAGCAUGCGAUGGUUAAUGCUACGGACAAAAAAUAA